AUGGUCACGGAUAACCUGAUUAGCCUAGAUUAUCUUCUACAGCAAUUCAUCUCCCAGAUUUUCGGGAAAUCGGUCUUACAAUUAGCCCUGAAGAAGAGGGCCCUCGAUCAAACGAACUUUCUUAUCUCAUAUUUUACGCUAAUUCGAAGCCAGCAAAGCUUACAAAAUGUGGGAUCUACCUGGAUAAAAGGGUUUCCGCAGAUGUUCGUAAACGAAAAAAGCAGUAAGUUGAGGGACACAGAUGUUUCGCUACAGAUCAUUAAAGCACUCUUGGAUAAAUGUAACAACAACCUGAAUCUAUUUUCAAAGAACGUUCUCAAAAUCAUUUCAGCUUCACUAAGCACGAACGAUAUUGACGUGAUCGCUCGUGCUGCCUCGUUCAUCACCUUCUGCUCGUAUCAUGAUGGUUCUACGCUUGGUGUUGACAUAGAAUUCACAGAAAUUUAUGAAAAUCUAAUCUCAUCGUUUGCCCAUUACGCAACGUUCAAAGAUCAAGAUAUAAAAAUCGAACGGAGAUACCGAUCUAUUGGACUUCACGCUAUUCAGGCGGUUAUCACAUCUAAUGCCUUGUACGCAACAAAUGCCAAAAAGCAAUUACAAUACAUUGUUCCGGCGGUGUUACAUAGUCUGACUGACGAUUUAGAAGAUAUGCAAAAGGCGGAUUUUAAUCUUAACAACGGCGAGGCUAUUCCUCAACCUCGAAGAUUUUCCGUCAGUGUCACCGCCAUUUCGUUGGAGGACAACAUAAAUCUGGCGCACCAUUGCUUGAAAGAAUUAUUCAAGACCACAAGUCCAUCCAAUGUGCACUAUUCGCUUGAACCCGUAUUCAAAUUUUUGGAUGAAAAUGAAAUGUGGUCUCCAAGCUCCUUCGGUGUAAGCUUGAUUCUAACGAUCCUCUCAUCUCUUCAGCAACAAUGCCGUCACAUUCUGGUUUCCGACAUAAUGCAACAACUUGAGGCCUUACCGGAAGGCUCAAUUCCUAUGCAAAAGAAACUCACCCUUGUUGAAGUGUUGUCGUCCAUAUUGACCAGCAAAUUUACCCUGGUGGGGUUGUCCAUACUGGAAGUCUUGGAAGUUUUGCUUCAUUUAUUGUUAAAUUCUUUGAAGAGUGGCGAAGGGGAUACCGAUAAAUCUCAAGAACUUAUUAGCCAAAAACUUAUCAGUUGCAUUGAUUCGUCCCAGCAGGGUGGUGGCAGCAAUGACAGUUCCAUCUCCGAAGGAAUCCCAUUGGCGGAUUUGCGCAAAGCAUUAUUGAAAUGUUUGGAUAUGGUCGUGCAAACAAACAAAAAGGUUGAUCUGAAGAUUAAGAAAUACGAGACGCCAGUUGAAAUAUUUCAUGAUACAAUUUCCCUCUGCAUGGAUGAGGACUUGGAUGUCAGAAUUACGUACGCCAAAGUCCUUUCAACAUUUUUGAGCAAUAUAGAUGUAUCAGUGGAGUCGAAGGAUACCGAUUCCACAAAGCUCACAUAUUUCAAUCAACCGGCCAUACAUUUCCUAAACACACUUCAUCUAUCAUUGUAUCAGUACGCGCUCUCGGAAAGCGCUCAACCAGCAGAUCACGUUGCAGCCAAGGAGGAGAACCUUGAAGGCUUUGCUCGUCAACGAGCAUUGGCGAGUGUUAUCGCGCUUUAUUUCCGCGACAUUGCGGCAGUUUUAGAUAUUCGGGAACUACGAGAAUACGUAGAAAAGAUUCAAUCAGAGCGCAUAGCAAAAUGCCAAUGGUCAUCUUUUAUUAAAGUCACCUCAUCUGAGAACGAUCUAGAUGACACAAAUUUAUUUAAACCUUUUGAAGAUGAGGUUUUCAAUGAAGACAAUCGUCCCCUACAGCCAACCGACAUCUGGCUUGACCGUCAGGUUAUCGUCUCUAUGCUUUGUCAACACAAGGAAAUGUCGGGCGUUGGUAGAGAGAAAUUGGAGGUUGAAUUGAUGGCAGAGUGGAAACCGGAAGAGGGUUUCGAGAACGUCAAGAAGGAAGGACAUCGAAUCAGAUCAAGUCGAAUAAUGGAGAAUGAUAAACCGCGUAUAGCCAUCACCUCUUUUGUCAUGAACUUGGAGGAUAGUUCCGGUGAAUUGCCAAAGAUCAAAGUGGAAAACUUGAGGGACGCACUUGUACAACCAACGAUAAACGAUUCUUCAGAACAGGACACAUCCGCUGCAUCGGAUAUGGAGUCGAUAAAUAUGGUUCCGUUAGGUAAUAAGAAGCGUCGUAAAAGUAAACCAAAGACUGAUAUAAAUGCAUUUUUGCAAACAAUAGACACCAAAGCUUCUGCCAGUAUCGAUCACCUCUGA